GCGCGCGGCCGACCGGGCGCGCGCGGUGGAGGGAGGGAGCCGGGAGGCCGCGGAGCAGCCAGCGCCGCCAUAUUAGGGACCGCGGAGCCCGGGAUCCCGUCCGCGGCUGCCGCGGCCGGGCUUGGGGGAGUUUCGGGGGCCGGAGACGGGCGCAGCGCGGUGCCAGGAGAGGCGGGGCCGGAGGGAGCCAGCGGGCGACGAGAGCGAGCCAGGCUGACCGUGGCCGGGCCCUGCCUCGCCAUGGACCAGGACUACGAGCGGCGGCUGCUCCGCCAGAUCGUCAUUCAGAACGAGAACACGAUGCCCUGUGUCACAGAGAUGCGGAGAACCCUGACACCCGCCAACUCCCCGGUGUCGUCGCCCAGCAAGCACGGAGACCGCUUCAUCCCCUCGAGAGCCGGCGCCAACUGGAGCGUGAACUUCCACAGGAUCAAUGAGAACGAGAAGUCACCCAGUCAAAACCGGAAGGCCAAGGACGCCACCUCGGACAACGGCAAAGACGGCCUGGCCUACUCCGCCCUGCUCAAGAACGAGCUGCUGGGAGCCGGCAUCGAGAAGGUGCAGGACCCGCAGACCGAGGACCGCCGGCUGCAGCCGUCCACGCCCGAGAAGAAGGGCCUCUUCACGUACUCCCUCAGCACCAAGCGCGCGAGCCCUGACGACGGCAACGAUGUGUCGCCCUACUCCCUGUCCCCCGUCAGCAACAAGAGUCAGAAGCUGCUCCGGUCUCCACGGAAACCCACCCGCAAGAUCUCCAAGAUCCCCUUCAAGGUCCUGGACGCACCCGAGCUGCAGGACGACUUCUACCUGAACCUGGUCGACUGGUCGUCCCUCAACGUGCUCAGCGUGGGGCUGGGCACCUGCGUGUACCUGUGGAGCGCGUGCACCAGCCAGGUGACCCGGCUCUGCGACCUCUCUGUGGAAGGGGACUCGGUGACAUCCGUGGGCUGGUCUGAGCGGGGGAACCUGGUAGCGGUGGGCACACACAAGGGCUUUGUGCAGAUCUGGGACGCGGCUGCGGGGAAGAAGCUGUCCAUGUUGGAAGGCCACACGGCGCGCGUGGGGGCGCUGGCCUGGAACGCCGACCAGCUGUCGUCUGGGAGCCGGGACCGCAUGAUCCUGCAGAGGGACAUCCGCACCCCGCCCCUGCAGUCCGAGCGGCGGCUGCAGGGCCACCGGCAGGAGGUGUGUGGACUCAAGUGGUCCACGGACCACCAGCUCCUCGCCUCGGGGGGCAACGACAACAAGCUGCUGGUCUGGAACCACUCGAGCCUCAGCCCCGUGCAGCAGUACACAGAGCACCUGGCGGCCGUGAAGGCCAUCGCCUGGUCCCCGCACCAGCACGGCCUGCUGGCGUCCGGCGGCGGCACGGCCGACCGCUGCAUCCGCUUCUGGAACACGCUCACGGGGCAGCCCCUGCAGUGCAUCGACACGGGCUCCCAAGUGUGCAACCUCGCCUGGUCCAAGCACGCCAACGAGCUGGUGAGCACACAUGGCUAUUCACAGAACCAGAUCCUCGUCUGGAAGUACCCGUCCCUGACCCAGGUGGCCAAGCUGACCGGGCACUCCUACCGCGUCCUGUACCUGGCAAUGUCCCCUGACGGGGAGGCCAUAGUCACCGGUGCUGGGGACGAGACCCUGAGGUUCUGGAACGUCUUCAGCAAAACGCGUUCAACAAAGGAGUCCGUGUCUGUCCUCAACCUCUUCACCAGGAUCCGGUAAACCCGCCGGGCGGGACACGCGGUGCCAGCCGUCUGGGGUCGGGAGACCCCCAGCUGUGCUCGGCUUGCAUGGACCCUGCCUCCCGCACAACCCAGAGGGGCGGCCUGGGCGGGAGCUGGGCCUGGAGAACCCUGGAGUCUCAUUAAACGCCUGAUUGUGAGCGCGUCGCCGGUGUUUGGGGUGGG